UCCAGAACGGUGUCGUAUCAAUCUAAAUGACCGUUACUCUCUUCAUCCUUCUCUUCUUCUUCUUCUUCCACCCCGCCGUUUCUCUUUCCUCCGACGGCAUCGCACUUCUCACUCUAAAAUCCGCCGUCGACGCCUCCAGCGCCGCCGCAUUCUCCAACUGGAAUGACGCCGACGCCACCCCGUGCCGUUGGUCCGGCAUCAGCUGCGCCAAUAUCUCCAGCGUCACGGAGCCCCGCGUCGUCGGCGUCGCUCUUUCCGGCAAAGGCCUCCGCGGUUACCUCCCGUCGGAGCUCGGAACCCUACUCUACCUCCGGCGCCUCAACCUCCACACCAACGCGUUCCAUGGCUCUAUCCCUGCGCAACUCUUCAAUGCCACCGCUCUACACAGCAUCUUCCUCCACGGCAACAACCUCUCCGGCAACCUCUCUCCCUCCGUCUGCAACCUCCCCCGCCUCGAAAACCUCGACCUCUCCGACAACUCCCUCUCCGGCGCCAUCCCCGACACCCUCGGCAACUGCUCGCAACUUCAGCGCCUCAUCCUCGCACGGAACAAGUUUUCCGGCAAGGUUCCGGCGACUCCGUGGCCGGAGCUGAAAAACCUAGUCCAACUCGACCUCUCCUCGAACCUUCUAGAAGGCUCAAUCCCUAACCAACUCGGAGACCUUAAAUCCCUUUCCGGAACCCUAAACCUCUCGUUCAACCAUCUAUCGGGUAAGGUUCCAAAGUCUUUAGGGAAUUUACCAGUGACAGUUAGUUUCGAUCUUCGGAACAACGAUCUCAGCGGUGAGAUUCCUCAAACGGGGUCGUUUUCGAACCAGGGACCCACCGCGUUUCUUAACAACCCGAACCUGUGCGGGUUCCCUUUGCAGAAAUCGUGUAGCGGUUCAGCGCCGAGCGAACCGGGUUCGAGGCCCGGUUCGGCUCGUGAACCAGAAGGGCGUUCAACGAAAGGGAUGAGUCCCGGUUUGAUUAUUUUGAUAUCGGUGGCUGAUGCUGCUGGAGUGGCUUUGAUUGGGCUUGUGAUUGUGUACGUUUAUUGGAAGAAGAAGGAUAAAGCGAAUGGGUGUAGUUGCACUUUGAAGAGAAAGUUUGGUGAAAACAAUGAAAAAUCGAGUUUGUGUUGUUGGUGUUCUUCUUUGGGAUGUGUGAAUGGGUUGAAGAGUGAUGAUUCAGAGGUGGAAGAAGGGGAGAAAGGAGGGGGAGAGGGUGGAAAAGGGGAAGGGGAAUUGGUGGCAAUUGAUAAAGGUUUUAACUUUGAGCUUGAUGAGCUAUUGAGGGCCUCUGCAUAUGUGUUGGGGAAGAGUGGGUUGGGGAUUGUGUAUAAGGUGGUGCUUGGGAAUGGGGUGCCUGUGGCUGUGAGGAGACUGGGGGAGGGUGGGGAACAAAGGUAUAAGGAGUUUGCUGCUGAGGUUCAGGCCAUUGGCAAAGUGAAGCACCCCAACGUUGUUAAGUUGAGAGCCUAUUAUUGGGCUCCUGAUGAGAAGCUCUUGAUCAGUGAUUUCAUCUCCAACGGCAAUUUGGCCACUGCCCUUAGAGGGAGAAAUGGUCAACCAUCUCCUAACCUUUCAUGGUCAACCAGGCUGGGGAUCAUCAAAGGAACAGGCAGGGGUUUAGCCUAUCUCCAUGAAUGCAGUCCAAGAAAAUUUGUGCAUGGUGACAUCAAACCCUCCAACAUCCUCCUUGACAACGAUUUCCAUCCCCACAUUUCGGAUUUUGGUCUUAACAGACUAAUCAGCAUCACCGGCAACAACCCCUCCUCCGGUGGCUUUAUGGGCGGAGCUCUUCCUUACUUGAAGCCAUCACAAACAGAGCGAACUAACAACUAUAAAGCCCCUGAGGCUCGAGUCCCAGGCUGCAGACCCACCCAGAAAUGGGAUGUAUAUUCAUUUGGAGUUGUAUUAUUUGAACUGCUUACUGGGAAGUCCCCAGAUUCUUCUCCCGCCCCAUCAACUUCUGUGGAAGUCCCUGAUUUGGUGAGGUGGGUUAGGAAAGGGUUUGAACAAGAAAGUCCUUUAUCUGAAAUGGUUGAUCCAUCACUUCUUCAUGAAGUGCAUGCCAAGAAAGAGGUACUAGCUGUGUUUCAUGUAGCACUACAAUGCACUGAGGGAGACCCUGAAGUCCGGCCUAGAAUGAAAACUGUCUCCGAAAAUCUUGAAAGAAUUGGAACAUAAUAUUCAUAUGUUCACCAGCUGAAAGUAGUGAACCUGAGACUGGAAUUUUCGUGAUACUCAAGGAAGAUGCAAUUCAGUCCCAUAGCGCAUUUUUGUGGUAGCACUGAGAAGAUUGUCAUGUGGGGGCAUCAAGAUGGUGAUGCAAAUACUUUCCAUCUUGGACUGGGCCCUCAGGCUGGUGUUUUUAAGUUAAAGCAGUUUUUUGACGGCUGUCAACAUCACAGGUCUCACCUCAUCUUUAUUCAUUUUUGGCAAGAUCAAGGAAGUUAAUAGAUAUAUUCAAAUUUUUUUCUGAUCUCAUUUUCUCCCGAGUCUGAUCAUAAUAAUUUCACGAUAUCAUGCAUUAUUACUUUGGUUGGCAAAUUCAGAUGCAAUCUACUGUAUAAUAAACUUUUUGUAGCUCUCCAUUAUGAAUGACAACUAGGUUUCACAUUCGUCGU